GUUUAUUAUGGACGACGAUACAUUCGGACCGGAAGUAUUUGCAUUCGUUUGGGGUACUUUUAAUUUUACACUUUACCAACCACGUUGUUACAUCCAUGCCGAGAGCACAGAAAGGAUUGUUGUUGGUGGAGUGCGACCCAACUGUUAAGCAACUCAUUCUUAACAUUGAUGAAAAGUCACCAGGCAUUGUUAUUGAAGAAAUUGACGAUGAGCGUCUGCUGGUGAACGAGCAUCGUCUUGAACAAAUCAAGGCCGAACUAGAGCGUCGCCUUGAAGAAAAUACUUAUCAAAUUGAAGAUUAAUUUUUUUGGUUUUUUAAAUGAGUGAUUUAAUCUUUUCAUUAUAUUAUCUAUUCUAUAAGGCAAACUUUCUGCGACCGACCAUUUGUAGUCGUUAAAAAAGUUAGCAAAACCUCUUGUUACUGUCCGAAUUUCUCAAAAGAUGGUUUAGUAUACUGUUCUCCACCUAAGAAAGGAUGUGGAUGCAUCAGGCAUCAGGCCAUGUCAAAGUCAAACCAAGUCAUGGGAACGCCAACUUUCUUACACUGCGUCAGCGGGGGCAUCGUUGUUUCCACCGGUCCCACCCAAUGUAGAGCUCGAAGUAAAUGCCUGGCCCUUGAUUCCUGCAAACGUGUAACAAAGACCUGUCAGACUCAAAACUACGCCAGCGGCGAUUAAACUGGUAGCUGAGAAAAUGCACCCCAAAAAGGUCACCAGUGCAAAAAUAGAAUAUAUAAGCUAUAAUUCCUCAUGUUAGUCAUUGGCACUUUGAACAGUACAGUACAGAAGGAAGCUUACCCCACGAUAAUAGUUGCUUUCAAAGAUACUCGUAAAUGCUUGAAAUUUCUCUGAAACCGGACAUAUGCGAGUCAAGAAGGGAAGUUCAAUAAAAAUCAACAUCACACCUUCCACGAUGGUUAAGGCCGAGAACAAGACUACUAGCGUAACAUGAAACAAGUUGACAAUUCCCAAUAUAAUACACACUUCAUCCAUAUGUUAGAAAGUAAAAUCAGAGAAAAGCAAAACAGUUGCGCAUUGCAAAGAAGUAUGAGCUAUAGC